AUGUUAAAAUGCAGGCACUGCACAUCUUGUAAACUAUUGAGAUUAUUAAAUAACAAUUAAUGUAAUUGCAUAGAUGGCGCAUAUGAGAGUGGAAAUGAUAAAUAAUGUUUACUUUGCAAUAAAACUUGUGAGACAUGUAUUAAUCAAGAAAACUAUUGUACAUCUUGUUCAGCAAAUAAAAUUCAAAUCUUCAAAACAGGAAAUAUUUGUAUAUGCCAAGAUGGAUAUUAUAAAGAAUCAAUAACUUUAAGUUGUAAAAAGUGUAAUUAGUCUUUUUUAACUUGUAAAGUAUCUCCUAAUUAUUGUUUAAUGUAUGAUGCUUUUUACAAUCUCAGCUUGGAUGUCUCGAAUAGAUGUGUUUGUUCAACAGAUUUCUAUUUGAAUAUAUAUCUACUCUAAAAUGUGAAGGUAUAAUAAUAGUAAUUUAGCUUGUAAUAUUUCAUGUAAACAAUGUAAAACAUAGACGCAAUGUAUAGAGUGUGAAAAUCUUACUAGAUAUUUUGAUUCAGAUAAUUUGCGAUGUCCAUGCAAAGAUGGAUAUUAUGAAGCUCAACUCAAUAAAUUUUCAAGUAAAAAUUUCAUAUUACCAUUAGCAUAUUAUUUAAGUUGUAAGACAUGUAUCAAUUAAUCUACAAAAUGUUUAUCAUGUGAAUCAACUUAUUUUAGAAUUUUAAAUAAUUCUAAUUAAUGUAUUUGUUUAGAUGGUUAUGAUGAUAUUGGGAUUGAGAUGUGUUAAUAAUGCAAUUUAUAUUGUAAGACUUGUUAAAUAAUUUCAACAAAAUGUACAUCAUGUAACUAGACACAACAUUUCAGAUUAUUAAAUAAAAAUCAAUGUAUUUGCUAAAAUGGAUAUUAUAAAAAUAAUUCAUCAAUUUGUGAAUGUACACAGUUAUAAUUAAUUUUAUAGAAUGUUCUUAUUUAUGUCUUACAUGUGAAGGGAGAAGAGAUUAUUGCAAAAGUUAUGAUCUUAAUUAAAAUAGAAUUGAUUAAUCUGUUAUUAAUAAAUGUUCUUGUUCUAAUGGUUUCUAUUCAGAUGAAAAUGAAAAUUGUUAAAGUAUAAAUUUUAAAACAUAAUAAGAAUGCCAUCCAAAAUGUUAAACAUGUAAUUAAUCUAAAGAGAAUUGUAUAACCUGUUCUUAUUCCAAAAUUUCUAAUCGACAAAGCAUAUGUCAGAAUUGUAUUUGCAAAGAUGGUUAUUUUGAUGAUGGCAUUUAGUGGAUUGUUAAAAAUGUAGUACAAGUUGCAAGUUUUGUUAAAAUUCUUCGACUAAUUGUUUAACUUGUUUUAGCAAUCCGAGAGAUACACCUCCUUUUUGUAAUUGCAAACUUGAAUUUUUUGAAAAUUUUUUUUAGAAUUGUGAAUGUAAUCAAAUCAAUUUUAUUUUAGCCUGUGAAAAUUAAUGUUUAACUUGUGAAAAGACAUCUUCAAAUUGUAUAUCAUGUAAAGAAGCAAGAUCCACCCAACUUUGUGUAUGUUAAGAUGGGUAUUAUGAAGGUGGAUAGCCUCUAUGUGUUGAUAUAUUAAAUAAUAAUAAAUUUAAGAGUAUGACUUUUAAUGUAAAACAUGCAAGGAUUCCUCAGUAAAUUGUCUAUGUUGUAAAGGAGAUCGAAUUAACAUUCCUAGAUGUGGAUGUCCAUAUGGAUUUUAUGAUGAUCUAUUAAAUGUAUUUUGUUAAGUUUGUGAUGGAUUAUGUAAAAAAUGUAAUCUAGAUGGUUGUCUCAGUUAUAAUGGCAUUAGGAUCCUAUCUCCUGAAAUGUCUUGUGAUCAACCAUAAAAUUCUGUGAGCCAUCCUGACACUGCAUGGUGCUCUAGUAUUAAUAUUUCUAUUAAUAACAAAGCUUGUGAAGUUGCUGUAGUAGAUGUUAGAUUCUCAGAUGACUUACUAUCUAUUUCUGUAAAGUUUGCUUUUCCAUUGAAUCCAUCAUUCUUUACUACAUAAAUUUAAGAUAAUAUCUGCUUAAAAAUACUAGAUUUUCAAACAUACUAAUUACUUGGCAAGAAUCCUAUUUGUUAUGUGGAUCCAGAUGAUGAUACAAAAUUAAUUAAGAAAGUAGGAUAGCAAGUUAUGAUUAUUCCAGGGGAUAAAAUCAUUUUUUAUGAUAACUAUUUUGGUCAUCAAGAAUGUGAAAAACAAUUAGAUAUUUUUAUCUACAAUGAAAUCAAAAAUCCCAUAAAUCCUGUAUCUCCUAGAAUUAUUUAUGAUUUAUCUAUAUAUCUUCUCAAUCCUUGUGAUUAUAAUAUUAAAUCUAUGAAAUCAAAACUUAAUGAUGGACUUAGAGGAUUUAUUGGAAUAAAAUGGACAUACUCUGUAGAUGGAUUUAAUGGAAAUGGAGAUCUUGAUAAUUUUGUUGCUUCAUUAACCAGUUUAUAAAUGUUAGAAUUAGUUAUACCAUACCAAACUGUAUCAAAACAGUCCGAUAUUACCCUUUAUAUAAAGUUUCAAAAUUUUGUAGGUUCAAAGACAAUAUAAAUGAUUAAAUUGUAAACUCAUUCAGGUCAAUUUCCCACUAUACUUUGGAUUUCGAAACCUUAUUAUUAAGCUUUUUAAACUGUUGUUUUGCAAUUCUUAAUUGAAAAAAAAGAUUGUUCUGAAUCUGUAAUUACUUAAAUAAAUAAUUCUCAAUAUUAAUUAUCUUUAGUUUAGUAUAUAGAAAUAAUUCUAAAUCAAGGCCUUUAAGAGUAAAUUAUUAAGAAAUAGCACGCCAAAGUUUCUUAAUGUUCAGGAUUGCAUAUACCUUCUAAUAAACAACGAUUGAUCCUUUGCUUAACUUUUCAAUUACAAGAAAUAUUACACUUGAAAUUAGCUCAGGAGUUAUAUUUUGUUAAUUUAAUGGGACAAAAAAAAGAUUUAGAAUUAUUGAAAAGAAACUUAUAUAUAUAUUAUGUAGAGAUUUAGAUACUUAAUAUGACUGGAAUAAGGAUUCAAGCAUAUAAAUUACUAGUAUCCAAGUAAUUCCAAAAUAAACAAUACAACCUUAUACUAUUUAAAGUUGGACAGUAGUGGCUUCAAAAAUCAAUUUACUUAUAAAUUUAAAUAAAAUAUUGCCUAUCUAGAUAAUGAUUUUGAACUAUUAAAUGUUACUUAUAGUUAAGGGUAUUUAAUGAGACCAGUCAAGAACUAUAAAAAUUUGGAAUUCACUUUUAAUAUUCCUUUUUAAGAUAGAUAGUAUCUGUUUGAAUAUCAAGUAGAAAUUAUUUAUAAUUUUGAACUCAUAAAGAUAUUAUAAUCUGAAUAUACUAAUUAUGAAUAUUUGAUUAUUAUUAGGAAUUUAUAAAAAAAAAAUAAAUAAAUUUGAAAUUUUUGGCUUAGUUUACAAAUGAAAUUAUACCUAAUUAAGCGGACCUAUAGUUAAUUGUAAAUUCACCUCCUACUUGUUUAGUGAGUUUGAGUGAAUUAACAGUUGAAGCAUUGAGACCUUUAAAGAUUAUUACAAUUUGUGAUUUUUCUUAUGCAGCUCCAUUUACAUAUUAAUUGAGAUAUAUUCUUAUAAAUUAAGAUUUAAUUGAUUUUUUUAAUAGUAAAUCUGAUUAUUCAUUAAUUUUGAGUAGUUAUUAACGUGCAAAUAUUUUGGAAGGGUAUUUUCCAUAAGGUGAUGGCAUUCUAAAGGAUCAUACUUAAACAUUAAGAAAUAGGUAAAUGUAACUAAGAUUUUUCUUAAUUGUUCUAAGAUAAUAAUAAAUUAAUAUAAUUUUAAAUAACAAAUUUCUUUACUAUUAGAAAUUUUAUUGA